CUGCUUCCUGUUAGCUCCCAUUCAUAUCAUUUGGUGAUCCAUCUUUCUUGUUUCUGCAUCUUUCUUUUUCUUUCAUUUAGCCGGUCUCUGAUCAUGAUCAGGUCACUUCUCCGGUGCAGAUUAACUCCCCACGUCCUGUCCUUCACCAGAGGAUCAAGUCUGCUCGCAGCUCGAACACCUUACAGUUUGCAGCCUUGUUCACCAAGUCUCAGGCCAAUUCAGCAACACCUACAUGGACCUGUUAUCCCCAAAAUCACAGCCCUUGUUAAAUACUCGGAUGUGUCCACAGAGAAGUACACUAUGAUUUACACCCUGCCAUACAUUAAGCUCCUUAGAGCUGUGUCCAGGCUCAAACUCCUCCAAACUGCAAUAACUGUGGUCAUCUUGCCCCCGGUGUACGUCCUCUACUUUCAGGGAGCUGCCUCCACCUUUCUUGUCAGCUACACGACAGGGAUAGCUCUGUUUGCUGGUGCUAUGCUGUAUACUGCCAGUUACUUCUUCAGAAGGGUGGUGGGAAUGAUGUAUCUGGAUCCGUCUCAGACCACCCUCAAAGUGUCCCACCUCACUUUCUGGGGAAAGCGCCACGAUAUGUACCUGCCGGUGUCAGAUGUCAUGACCAUUGGAGACACGGGGGACUCCGUAAAUGAGACCAUACUGAAAUUUAAGAGAUACAGCAGUCAGGAGACUCUGUAUUUCUCUACUCAUUUUGGACGUGUGGUGGAUGAACAGGCUUUUAAAAAGGUGUUUGGAAGUUUAAAAUGAUUAUUUGUUUAGAAAAAAAUGUGAGGUAUUCUGAAUAGUAUUAUGAAAACAUAACAUAUUAAGAGAUGCAUCUAUUGUCCAUGAACAAUAUUCUAAAUGAAAACACAUUAUACAGUGGAGGACGCUUGCUGUUAUAUUUUAUAUCUAAGAUAUUUUAGCUGACAUAGAUCUGAAUCAUCCACAGUUGAUAAAUUACUGGUUUAUUAUUAUUAUUAUUAUUAUUUUUAAUCUUAAUUAAGGUUGAGAACU